CGACAGAUAGGACAACCGUCAUAAGGAUGCAGGCGAUGGUAGCAGCCCUCCCGUUGACCUACAGGACGAAAACCAUUCAGGUAAGCAACUUCGUCACAGGAGGAGCCAGGGCGGCUAGCAUUAACCAUACCUCUGAAGCAUGCACGACAGAGGGCAUGCCGGUUGCAGGCCAGAACGAUUGUGGGGCGUUCACCAUCACAGUUAAGUGCACAUUAGCGCCCGCAGAAAGGUCUGCAGUCGAAGAGCGUUGCAGGCGUGGUAAGGAUGCUUGGGGUGGCAAAAGAAGAGGACGGGAUGUUGGGGACGAUCGUGGUGGGGAGAAUGAACGGGUUCUUCUUCAUCCAAGAACAGAGAGGAGGAAAGGGGAGUGGAUAACAGACGGCGAUAAAACCAUGCGAAAUAUAGGCGGUGAAGACGGGGGGGAUGAAGUCAGGGGUGGUGAAGUGGCUGAAACAGAGACAGGGGGGGCAGUUGUCGGUGAGACCCGAAGGGGGGACUCUGCAAGUGGUAAUGCAGGCAUGGUCACAGAUGCCAUGGAGGAAUGCACCGAGACCAAGGGCGACAAAGCAGCUGUGGUGGUCACGGAUGCCAUGGAGGAACAUACCAAGACCAAGGGCGACACAACAGCUGUGGUGGCACCGGAUGCCAUGGAGAAACACACCGAGACCAAGGGUGACACAGCAGUUGCGGGUCGAGUUGCUCCCGCGGAAUCAAUCGUAGAAGCAACCAAGGCCGAUGAAGAAGAGGUUGCGAACCGAAAAGGGGCAGCCAGGAUCACAAACGGCAUGGAAAGGGUUACUAAGACUGAUGAGGACACAGGUGCAGUAGACAUAGGUAAUGAAGAAGAGGCUGUGAUAGGUUUGACAGGCGCCGAUAAUGAAGAAGGGGCUGUGACGGGCGUAGUCCGAGGACAGUGUGUGGAUACCCGAGAAAGCGGGUGAUGAAUAGACCAUCGAAGCAUGCUGCGGAACCGGCUGGAGAGGCGGGUCACAUGCGCGGGGRACCUGUGUUGUCGUUUACGAAUAUAGGAAGU